GGUCAGCAGGCAUUUGGCAGCGGCUUCUUUUCUAUAGCUGAGGUGGAGUCAGCCAAUGACCUGCAAGCCUGGAAAAUUUUGCAGGGCAGUUCCACUGGACGGCUGUGCGGAGCUGUGCCAUUUGAAUUUCAGCACAGACACUCACUCACUGCGCUCCCCAUUCCUGGCGCGUCUCCCAGCGCGGAGUUUAGCUGAGGCUCGGGCUCAGUUUUCCCUGCUCUCUCCCUGCAGUGACAGCUUCUCCGGGCUCCGUGAGCCAGGACUCCCGAGCGACCAUGGAGGACACCACCUUGCAAAUCAUCGAGCCACCCACUGUCUCUGAGACCUCGGAGGAGCAGGCGCCCGAGGAGCCCAUCAAAUCAGACCAGAUCAACGGCGUGAUGGUGCUGACCCUGCUGGACAAGAUCAUUGGAGCGGUGGAUCAGAUCCAGCUGACCCAAACACAGCUGGAGGAGAGACAGCAAGAGAUGGAUAGCGCAGUGACCAGCAUCCAGGGAGAGCUGACCAAGCUGACCAAGGCCCACACCACCACCAGCAACACCGUCAACAAGAUGCUGGAGAAGGUGCGCAAGGUGAGCGUCAACGUGAAGACGGUGCGGCAGAACCUGGAGAAGCAAGCCGGGCAGAUCAAGAAGCUGGAGGCCAAUGAAGCGGAGCUCCUGAAACGCAGGAACUUCAAAGUCAUGAUCUACCAGGAUGAAGUGAAGCUCCCGUCUAAACUGAGCAUCAGUAAGUCUCUAAAGGAGGGUGAAAAGCUAGAGAAGGAAGGCGAAGGUGAGGAGGCACCUGUGGGUGAGGACCAUGCAGAGGAGGACCACAUCCAGCUCUCGUCAGAUGAGGAGGUAGAGAUUGAGGAGAUUAUCGAAGAGUCACGGGCAGAGCGCAUCAAAAGGAGCGGCAUGAAAAGGGUGGAUGACUUUAAGAAGGCAUUCUCAAAGGAGAAGAUGGAGAAGACUAAGCUAAAGACCAAGGAAAACCUGGAGAAGACCCGCCACAACUUGGAGAAGACCCGCCAUAACCUGGAGAAGAGGAUGAACAAACUGGGCACCAAGAUUGUGACUAAUGAAAGAAGAGAGAAGAUGAAGACCUCUCGGGACAAGCUGAGGAAGUCUUUCACCCCCGACCACACCAUUUAUGCCAGAUCUAAGACAGCUGUCUACAAAGUGCCACCCUUCACUUUCCAUGUCAAGAAAAUAAGAGAGGGUGAGGUGGAGGUGAAAGCCACCGAGCUUGUGGAGGUUGGUGGAGAGGAGGGAGAAAACUCAGAUCUGAUGCGAGGGGAGAGCCCCGAGAUGCACACACUGCUGGAGAUCACGGAGGAGACCGACGCGGUACUGGUGGACAAGAGCGACAGCGAGUAGGACAGGCUGCAGCACGGAAGGGUUGUGGACGACAACUGAAUAUUUUAUCACUCACAUUUUGAGCUCUCCCUGCCCUGGAGCCCCAGGGAAGUGUACACAAUGCAUCCUUCCUACCCUGCAGAGCCGACGCUGAUCCCCUACCUGCUUGGACAAGGUGUAUUUUAUAUUUUAGUUUUAGCACACAAACAUUAGGAACACGGGAUUGUUUUUCUUACACUGUUAAGUCACCCUCGGAGACCAUUCCUGCUGCAGCCUUCUCACCCCACACCUGAAGAUGGACUUUGAGCGACAGGACCCUGGCCCAGCUGGAGAGUGCUGAACCCAAGAUAAUGACUGUACAGCUGGAAAGCUCGAGUCCUCCAUAAGCAAAACCUGGCAUCAAGAAAGCUUCCUGCAACUAGCCCACCAACUCACGGACCCCCGUGCCAGGUGUGUGGCUGCCCCGCAGUCAGGAAGAACCCCAGCACCCACACUGGCCACUCCUUCAGGGAGCAGAGGAACUGGGAUGCAGCCAGAGCACGGGAGGGAAGAGCUGAGCUAGUCCUGUUGAUGGGCAGAGCACGGUGGGGCAGUGGGUGCUGCUCCUCUCUGUGCUCCCAAGCACCGGGUGACCCAGCAGCACCUGGGAUGGCUCCCAAGGAAGCCGCCCUGCAGCUGGGGCUGCCCUGGGUGCCCAUAGGGCAUCACACAGCCAGGCCCUCUGCUGCUCCCUGCUGUGCUGAGGCUGCUGCUGCUCAGCCCCACACCGGCACCGUGGCAGGAGCAAUGUGGGCUGCAGGCUCCCCUGCCCGGGUUAUGGAUCCAGCUGCCAGGGGCCCAGGGACUGGGCGAGUCCUCACCAGGGCAGGGAGCAGCACGGAGGUGGGGUGCUGGAUCUGCUCCCUCUACACCCACAGCAGAGGGGACAACGGGCAGGAGGUCCAUGCUCACUGCUCGAGGAGGGGGAACACACAGGGAGCGAUGCCAGAGCAGCCACCAUUACCCACAAGUUGUUUCCAGAGGGAAAUGGGAUGUGCUGCUGCCAUGUGAGGCUCUCGACCAUCAGAGUGGCCUUGAUGCCUGUCCAGCACCGGACCUUGAGCAUUUCUGAGCAUCUGCUCUCUCCAGGGGUCCCGGCACAGCUCGGGCUCACGCCCACGUCCUUUGCUUUCCUCUCUGUUUCCUGCUUUCUGCAGCUUCACUCUGUGCCCUGAGCGAGGGCAGCACACAGUGGCUCCAGGGCCCUCCUGGCUCGGCCCCCUUGGCUCUCACAUACACAGCCCCCACCCCACCUUCCCCAUCCUGCUCCCCCCAGCACGAGGCGGCUGCUGCUCACAUAACCCAAUAUAUAAACUUGCUUUUCCUGUAAGAAUUACUUUCCUUCAUAUUGUCCAGUGCACCCAGCCUGUCCUGGCCCCAGGGCCCUGCCACAGCCGCCCUUCCCAGAGCAGGCAUGAGGCCGGUCCAGUGUGCCAGCUGCGGGCAGCCGUGGGACACCAGAGGCUCCCAGUGUGGGGGGCACCGGCUCCGGGCUGCCCGUGGGGCGGGGGGGCGGUGGUUCCCAGUGCUGUGUGAGUCCCCUGCCCUUACAGAGCCUCCUGCAGGCCCAUGGGCGGUUUUCUGGCGGGUUUUCUCCGGGCAGUGAGGCUGGGGUGGCGGGAGCCCCAGUGACCUCUGGCCGUCCCCGGCUGUGCCCGGGCAGCAGCACAGCAAUAAAGUCUCUUUUGUAAACCAC